CCGUUACAAAAAAUAAUUUUGUCUUAAAGAAUGAGGAAGUAGGGGUAAAUGCUUACAAGUGAAUUAAUCAUCACUUAAAGAGUUGCAGCCACUCACUGAUUGGACCAACCAGCCCGCUUUGGCAUGAGCACGCAGGAAUGAGAGGGGGAGCUAGAAUACCAGUUGGUGACUCACAUUUGCUUGGGAAGGUUCGCUCUUUACGCAGGCGGCUAAUUGAACAACACAUGCUGUGCAUUGCAUAGGAGUUUGGAGUACCUGCAAAUGUUAGGCCAUAUCCAUGGGCAAGGAAGUGACUGUUUGACUUCUGCAUGGGCGCUCGGAGAGGCACAGAAGAAGCCUAACUUUCCCAGCUGACGAGACGUCCACCAUGGAAGUUUUCAGGUACUUCUUGGAACGUUCUAUCCUCUUCUUGUUGAGCGGUCUUGUUGCAUUUGCAGGAUGUGGUGAUGCGGCGAAUAUACUUAUGAAUGCAAUAUUAGGAAAAGGGAGUCAUUACUAUAUAACUGAAGCCAUUGGAGAGCAGCUCGUCAAUAAAGGGCAUAAUGUGACACAUCUUGUAAGUAAUGCCUUCUACAAGCAGGCAUCAAGCCGGCCGAGUGCUGACAUAUUCAACUAUGAGGUAUUUGAAACUGCUGUGCCAAGUGAAGUCAUUUAUCAACUCUACGCUAAUUUGAGCAAAGUAGCGUUCUUGUCUGGACUUAAUAGUCAGAAUAUCGAAAUAGAAAGCAAACCUAUCUGGCAUCGCUACCUGGAUUGCCAGGCAGUUCUAAACAACCAGGAACUCCUGGAAAGAAUAAGGAAAGCAAACUACUCAAUCAUUAUUUAUGACAUGCUAUGGCCUUGUUUACCGAUUAUUUCUAAAAUGCUUGACAUCCCUCUCGUGGGAAUCAUUUCAUUUCCAAACCCUUGCAUGGAAACGGAGAUAGCAGGUUCAAAUGUUAAUCCGUCCUACGUACCCUGCACAGGCAUUGGAUUCACAAACAAGAUGACUUUCGUUCAACGAUUUGUGAACACAUUCCUCUACGCAUUUGUACCAUGGCUGACGACAGAUAAAUAUGUAUGGUACAACAAUCUCCUACAUGAGCAUUAUUCCAAUGAUUCUGUUGAGUUGUUAGAUGUCGUUCGUCAUACUGAACUCUUUCUUGCCAAUAGUGAUUUUGUAGCUGACUACCCCUGUGCCUUGGGACCCAACGUGGUCCUUGUUGGAGGCCUUACGUCCAAGCCUCCAAAGAAACUUCCUCCUUCCUUGGAGGACUUCGUCAUGAGUUCUGGAGAUCAUGGAGUCAUCGUCUGCUCUUUCGGUUCCUUCCUGUCCUCGCAGGAUCUCUUUGAAGCGAACAGCAAGCUCAGUAUCUUCAUCUCAGCUUUCGCCAGACUCCCCCAGAACGUCAUCAUGCAGUUGGGACACGAGCCACCUUUCCCACUGCCAGGCAAUGUCAAAAUCCUGCCCUGGCUUCCACAGAACGAUCUGCUUGGCCAUCCCAAGACAAAGGCUUUUGUGUUUCCUGGAGGGAAUAAUGGGUUCUAUGAAGCCAUCUACCAUGGUGUUCCUACCGUCGUCAUGCCUCUGCGUGGUGAUCAGUUUGAUGUUGCAGCUCGCGUUACCUCGACCGGGAUCGGUGUCGUCGUCGACAAACUGACAGUGACGGAAGACAGUUUGCAGCAUGCCAUCCACCAAGUCACCAGCACGGACAAGUUUGCAAACAAAGCUAAGAAGCUCUCGUCUAUCUUCCGAGAUCGGCCGAUGCCCCCUGCCCAGCGAGCUGCAUUCUGGGUAGACCAUGUGAUCAAGCACGGAGGACAGUAUCUCCAAUCCUCGGUCCAUGACCUGAGCCGUAUGCAGCACAUCCUCCUGGAUGUCUUGACAGUCAUGUUUAUUAUGUUUCUUGUACUGGGUGUUCUAGCUUAUAAAUGCAGCUCCAGAGUUUUGUGGUUCCUGUACAGAUGUGUGACUCGUAAGCAUCUAAAAAAUAGCUAAGACCUGAAAUAUACUGGAUGAUGCAUGAUCUUCUCAGUGCAUUAUUACAGUAUAUAUGUUACUAUCAAUUCAUUAUAAAAAUAUAUCUGUUAUUAGUUGCCAAUGUGAUGAGAAAAGUUUAAAGAAUGGUUAUGACUGCUUCUGAAUGAGGUACGAGCCAUCAAGUACUCAUUGAAUGCUACACGUAAUGAUUCACAAGGAAAGCAGGUAGAUAUUUAAAGAAAUUUCAUGCCAUAAAGUGACUAUCAGAGCCAGAAACAGAGAGAAAUGGAGAGAAACUAUGUUUGAAUAGUAAGUUUAAUGGGUCAAAUUAUGUGACCAAUUCUGAACUGCCUGCCUCUUAAAUAACUGCUUUGUUAUAAAAACUACAUUUACCUCGUAAAUAAUUAUGACAAGGCCAGGCAGGGCCCCUCCAUCACUCCCCGUCCCUGCCCCUCCUUCCCCCUCUUAGUAUAUUUCAAGUUAGGAAUAUCAACUUUGAUUACCCAUUAGACAAAGCAUGCUGACAAGCAUUGCUGGGGCCUCUAGUUCAUGAAGCCUGCUAGGCGAAGGAUAAUCUUUUUUUGAUAGUAGCUUACUACAAAAAAGGAGAUUUCUGUGCCUACACGCAGAAACUAGUUGUAAUUGUGGAAACAAUGCUUCACAGGUUACCAUGGCAACAGCUUUAGAAAAUGAGGGUUUAUGAAUACACGAGGUAUGCCCGAGAUAUUAAAGGAUAGUUUUUAGAUAAAAAAGAGACUGAAAUAGAUUUUAAAAAGCGAGGUAUAUUAAGGUUGUGCUAUGUAAAAUUCUCUUCAAUAUCCUGAUUUCAGCUUGAGCUGGUUUAUGUAAUAAUGACUAUUUAUAUAUUGCAAGAUGAUUAUUUGACUUUUUUGCAGCACUCUGUCUGCACAAAGCUGACUGUCUUUGUGUAAAGUUUAAAGAGGCAUCUAUGCAAGCACCAAUGAUAAGGGGGAAGUGCGAUAGCUCAGUCGGUAGAGCAGUGGUCUCAUAAUCUGGUGACCCGGGUUCGAAACCAAGGCGAUGUGCUAGUGCCCUAUUUGAACACGUCCCACUGGAAAUUGGAGCCCUGCACGGGAUGACCAGGUCCCUCAGAGAGGACCUAAAGCCGCCGGCCAUCUGGUUGCUUACUUACAAGCAUUAUGCUUUCUUAGCAGUCAGGUAAAAUAACCACCAUUCAUUCAUAAGUGUCAAUUUCUGCCUAAAUUCAGUUUCUUAUGACAGUAAACAUCUUUUCCCCUAAUAUAGAGGGAUAACAUAGUGUUCCGAAUCCGGCUCCAGAUCUAAACCAAAUUCUUUCAAUUGGUUACCUUUAGGUUGCUAUGCUAAAAUUCAAAUAUCACUUUCUGUUUGAAGGGAUUGGGUAUCUUUGUCUCAGAUUCUGAAACAAAAUCCUGGAUUUAGCUCAUGCUGCAAUCAUAAUUAUAAACCUUUAGGUCAGUCAGGAACCCCAUGAUUUUUACAAGCUGAUUGCCUGUCUGGUUUACGAUCGGAAAUCAAAAUUUCAAAAUUUGUUUUCCAAACAGUUUUCCUAACACUUCAGUCUAUUGGGGAAAAUGAGUAUGGUAAAACCUGUCACUCAAAGUUUUUUA